ACGAAAUUGUUACAGGAACAAAAACGAAAACGUAACCAUCUUUUAAUCCUUCUGAACUAAAACACGUUUUCUAAAUGACGUUUAAACGGUAAAUAACGUCAUUUCUUCGUUCCGUCUAAUCGUUUUAAUUUAGCAGUCUAUUAACUAUGAACAUGCUGUAUGACAGAGAGUGAGACGAUCACAGAGCGACAUCUAACAACUGGACAGAGAUGGGUCGCCACCAAGAGAAUCCAGCGCAUCGGUAUUUCUUUUAUGACAAGGUCUCUAAUAAGUCUUUCUGCAAAAUUGAAGGAUGCGGGGCAGAAAUAUCUGGGCACCAUGGAGGCAACCUGCAGAGACACCUUCAGCGUAGACAUCCAGCAGAGCAUGCUGAGACAUCCGCCCAAAAGAGACCAGCAUUUGUAGAUGGACUAACAACUCUGGAUGUGGCUGUUGUGAAAAGGCCAAAGAUCGCAGGCCUGCAUGUCCAAUUAAGUCCCGAUAUCAUAAAAGAUGCAUGCAUAGAGCUAGUAACCAUUAACGGGAGACCGUUGUCGUUAAUGGAGGACUCGGGCUUCAGGAAAAUUAUAGACCCAAUACAAGAGGCUAUUGGAAAUGACUUUGCCAUCAAUUCAACAAACAUCUGUGAAAUGGUGUCCGAUGUUGCUCAGGGGGAGAGGGAACAGCUUAAGAAUGAGUUAAAUGGAAGACUUCUGAUGCUUAAAAUUGAUUCAGCUACAUGCAGAGACCGAACUGUUCUUUGUAUAAAUGUACAAUACGCUGAUGGAGACAAAAUUGUUAUGCACACAUUGGCCGUUAAGGAGCUAACGGAACGGCACACGACUGCAUACAUCUCAUCAGUUGCAAAGGAUGUCUUGCAUGAAUAUAAUGUUGAAUUGCGCCAAGUGUACUCCGUAACAUCAGAUAAUGGCGUUAACAUGGUGAAAGAAGUUUAUUUACUGUCCGAUAUGCAAGAAGGUGACCUGUCUAUCAACGAGAAUGAAACUGAUGCUGCGAUCACACUGGUGAAAGAGGAGCUAACCGAGGCUGAAGUCGGAAGUCAGGAGUUAGACAUUGAACUUGAUUCUGUGACGCAAGGACAUGUGUUGCGCAGUGUCAGGUGUCCUGCUCAUACCUUUCAAUUAGCAAUUGAUGAUGCAUUAAAAGAGAAAUGGUCAUCCAGCUUGAUUUGUAAAGCAAGGCGCGUUGCUAAAGAGUUGCGCGCACAGAACAUUGUCAUUCCUCGGAAAAAAAUGGGGCACGAGAGGGCCAUUGUCGACUGUGCGACAUGCUGGCAGUCGACACAUGAUAUGCUUGAGUGGCUUUUGGAGCUCAGGAGCUUCUGUGAGGAUAUGGCUCCAGCCAUAAAAGCACUGCAUUUAAUUGAGAACGAAUGGCAGGAUAUAGCCAACUUGGUGUGCGCAUUGAAACCUGCGAAAAUCGCAGCGAAAAGCCUCCAGUCUGACCAGCUUACGGCAGGUGACUUCUACGGCGUUUGGCUCCAGUGUGUACUUUGCACAGACAAAAUCGACAACCUCUUCGCGAAACGACUAGUCCAGUGUCUCAAGGUACGGCAAACUAGACUUUUUGACAGUGAUGCCUUUGUGGCUGCUUUAUUUCUCGAUCCUAGAUACCGACUUUUUCUUACAGAACAUCAAACAGAAAGGGCUAAACUUCACUUAACUCGUGCCUGGGAAGCCAUUAAAAAUGUAUCCGCCAACAGCGCGACUAGUACACAGUGCACACCAUCCCAGUCAUCUGAGGAAGAUGAUGAGAUUGAACAGCUGUUGAUGGCAAAAGAACUGCAGGCCACAACAGUGCAGAGUUCUCAUGUUUCCAUAUCGUCCCUUUUGGAUGUCUACUCAAGAGGAGCACGUCUUAAACGUAGCGAGUGUCUUUUCAAGUACUGGGCAAGCAUCGCCCCCACUAACCCAGACUUACAUAAACUUGCUAUGAAUGUCAUUGCACUCCCUGUAACACAAGUGAGCUUAGAACGUGCAAAUUCAUGCCUCAAGUUUAUCCUUUCCGAACCGGCAUUGUCAAUGAACGCACAGGUCUUGGAAGACAUACUUUUCUUACGUUUAAACAAACAAUAUGGACUUGCAGUAAAUUACAAAUGAUUCAGGAGCCCGGGUGGGGGGGGAGAUGUAUGAAAUUGUGGCUAUUGCACCUUUUUCUAAUUUCUCAGACACGAGCCUUUCCAGUAGCCUUGGGCCAAGUCCACAGUAAUCCGUUUUCAUUUGAUAACUCAUUUUCAGUUUCCUUAUACUAUUGUUUUACAAAAAUGGGGUAAUGGAGAGCAUUUUCAUAAGGCUCCAUUCUCGGUGGAAGAAAACACUUUUCUAGUGUGGAUGAGAGAUGUAAACGUUGCGAAAUCAAUGUGUUUUCAAAUGAAUAUUUGAAUGAGUAUUAGUGAGGACGUGGCCUAAGGGUGCAUUCAUACAAAACGCAUAUUGGGAUCCAUCUGCGCUGUUUGUCAAUUGUUUUUCUAUAGAUGGAUGUCUGUGCUGCAUUUCGUUGUUUUGUUUUUUUGUUUGUUUUUUUUAGCAUUUCACGAAGGAGUGCCGAGGUUUUUUUUAGAUGCCAUGUUAGGGGUAAAAGAACUUUAACUUUUAUAAGCACACCUCAAGACACCUGCAUUGUGUUCCUUUCAUUAUGCUGCAUCUAGCUUUUUUAAUGCAAGAACACAUUCAGUCUGAAUGGCCCCUAAAAUGGACCAUUAUGGUUUCUUUUAAUGUUUUCAAGUAAUGUAAUAUUGUAAGUAACAGAAAAGAUAAAUUACAGAUUCUUCUCAGAGCAAACAUAUAGUUUUCUUUUCUUUUUGCCCCAGAAAGUGGGUCAAAUUGACCCAAUAUGAUGUAAUUUUUUUGCAUUUUAUGAAAAAUACCAUUUGUACACUUGAAAUUCCAAGUAGUUUUUACAAAUAUUGUUUGUGACCCUAACCAGUGUCAUUUCCAAAUUGAUUGGUCAUACGUUCCGAAAAAUUACUGCUUUUGUAUCACUACACCAAGUCUUCAUAAAGGGGGUCAAAAUGACCCGUACACAUUUUCUAUGUCAUUUUGACUCAUCAUCGUAUUUUUUUAUCAGUUUUGUCAGUAAGAAUGUUUUAAUAUGUAAGAAGUUUGAUUUGUGCACCAUUUUUGGACACUGCUUAAUUUUGAUGACUUUACUGUUAUUCUAAAAUGUGGAAAAUAAUCAUAAAAAAGAAUUAAUAGGUGUGUCCAAACUUUUGACUUACUGUAUCUCUUUCCCACCAAAAGAAAUUGUGCAAAAUCUGUCCAGAGUCAUAGACAAAAAGGUGAAAAUUUGUUUUGUGCAAGAUGUGCAGAGUUUGUCUGCAAAGAAGAUGAUAGCUAUAUUAUCUGCAAUAGUUGUCAACAGUGAAAUUUCUUUAAUGAACUCACAUAUUUUAUAGUCAUUUAUGUUGAAUUUCAUUUGUUUAACUGUAAAUGUUCAUGUAAAGUGAACAAAUAAAACAUUGAUUAAAAAAUUGUCCAUAAUUUUUUUAAGUUGAGGAUAGACCUUUAAAUCCAGUUGAAUCCAGUAGGGCUUCCUACCACCAUUUUUGUUUAAAUUACUAUAGUAAUAAAAUUGUUUCAUAGACAGUUCCUUAAUUUUGCAACUUUUUACCCUAUUGUUAAUUUUUUAUUGUUAUUAUUUUUCUCACAGCACACCACAGAUACUGUCAUUUAGAAAAUUAGAAAAACCAUGUAUGUGGUUGUGCUUGGUGUCUCCUUUAAUUUGACCACAUGGUGGCGCUGUUUAUUUGUUAUAAUGGGUCUGUUACUCGUCAUUAAAGAAACAGUAGUACACCUGUCCCUCAACUACAUACCAUAUUCAGUGAGUCACACAGCAGGCAUGUCAUGUAAUUACAGGCACAUGGAAACUGGGUCAUUUUAAGGUUCUUUGCAUUUGGCAGUUAGAUCCAAGGGGAUAUUUUUAUUUCUUAUUGAAGGAGUUAUUUAUGGCAUGCUAUGCAGAGUUUUUUCCCUUCCCAAAAUACUUUAGUGAUUGUAUCCAAAAAUUUCUAAUUUAACUUUACA